CAGUCAGUUUUGAUUAAACUGUUGAUAGAAAGAACCGUUGACCUGACAGAAACCGUGAAUCUAUUGAUAUGUAUAAGAUAAAGUGGUCAACGAUUUUACUUUGUUUGUGCACAUUUAAGAAUGCAAUGGGAAUUCAAGUAGUCGAUAUAGCUGGCCGGUAUGCUGCUAUUGGGUCGCGGGGUCCGGCUUUGGUGAAUUUUGAACCGCAUUAUACUUUGCCCUAUGGCUAUGCUGAUAUAUUUAUCGGUCCUCCUGCUGGGACAAAUUCUAUUGGAUUAAAACAGGGCAUUUUUCGAGCAAAUGGUUUCAUUCCACAUCGAAACAACUACGAUGGACAAUAUGUUGCUGUUAAUCGCGGUGCAGUUCAUAUUGCGCCGCUUAUCGGGCAUUUGCAAUCAGUCAAAACAACAAAUCUUGAGCCGGCGCCAGCGACUACAUGGUAGCACAACGUAACUGCUUUCCAGUUUGCUUUGUUCAAAAUGUUUCAACUUGUUUGUGUUCAAUUUUAAAUGGAGAGAAAG